AUGCGUGUUCCUCGGCUGCUGCUGCUGCUCGGGCUGCUUCUCUGUGUGGGCGCCCAGCUGACCGACGGCCAGCACUGGUCCCACGGCUGGUACCCCGGAGGCAAGAGGGAGCUGGACUCCUUCGGCCCGUCGGAGAUUUCAGAGGAGAUCAAGCUGUGCGAGGCCGGAGAAUGCAGCUACUUGAGACCCCAGAGGAGGAAUAUUCUGAAAAACAUCAUUUUGGAUGCCUUAGCCAGAGAGCUCCAGAAGAGAAAGUGA